AUGAUACCCAGGGUACUGAGAUUUAUCAAUUUUUUUGGUAUUUGUCGGAUACUGCGACGUGGAGUAUGCUCAUCGCGACGAUUUCUUUUACCGGCUAAAAGCUCAUCCGAAGCUCAUCAUCGUCACCAUAAUCGUGAUCAGCGUGCUGGAACAAGGUCUAAAGGUGAUAGCUUUGAAGAUUUGUUUAUUUCAAAGACACUUUCGUCGUCGUCGACCAAGAAUGCCGAUAGCGAGUUGAUCAAAUGCACGGUAUUUGAUGCUAAAGGUGAUAUGGUAUGUCAUGGCAAAGAUAUCCCCAAAUCGGAAUUCAUGAAACAGUACCAUUUAGUUCCACGAGAUUUUCGAAAGAUAUCCAAGCAUUCAACUUCGGCAACUGCCACGAAAUCACCAUCGCUAGUGCUACACAAUAUUGAACUUGUGCCUAGUUUAGUAACUAGAAAGAGCUGUAUAAUGUUGAAUUUGCUAAAUAUUAGAGCGUUAAUCCAGCGUGAUAAAGUGACAAUAUUUGGAUCUAAUGCCUCAGCUUCAACUCCCUCGACAAAAAUGCACGAGAGCCGGUCACAGUUGCAGUUUCUUCAUGACUUGGGGGAUAAAUUAAAGACCAAACCCACUCAGCAUCAAGAGGGGGGAGUAGGAACAAGGGAAGGAGUAGGAGUAGGAGUAGGAGUAGGAGAAGCGUUGGGAGUAGGAGAAGGAGAACUAUAUUACGAAUUCAGAGCAUUGGAAGCAAUAUUAAUGCACGUUAUUGCAAAUCUUACCACAGAGAUGAAAGUCCACCAUACAGUAGUGACUAAUAUUCUUGAAAGUCUAGAUGAAAGCAUAGAACGAUUUAAGCUCCGAUAUUUAUUAAUUCAGCUGAAGAAAUUAGCGCUGUUUGAACAGAAAGUAACGUUGAUUAGAGACUUGCUAGAGGAUCUUCUUGAAAGAGAUGACGAGUUGAAUGAUAUGUAUUUAACCGAUUCAAGAACCGGCACAAACCACGCAGAGGUUGAAAUGUUAUUAGAAUCGUACUAUAAACAUGCUGACGAAAUUGUUCAAACCGUGGGGAACUUGAGAUCUCAAAUCAAGACUACCGAAGAAAUUAUUAACGUUUUAUUGGACUCAAAUAGGAACGAAUUAAUGCUACUAGGUUUGAAAUUUUCAACAGGGUUGUUAUCUAUGGGUAUUGCAUUAUACCUUGCUGCAUUAUACGGAAUGAAUUUGGAAAAUUUUAUAGAGGAAACCGAUAACGGAUUCGAGUGUGUUAUUGUAGUUUCUACUUUGGCAUUGUUUGCAUUGUUGUUUAUCACUAGGAAGCAAUUGAAAAAAGUUGAAAAAAUCACAAUGACAACAUUCAAAGAUGGUAAUCGUUAA